UGAUUGGCGCGCACGAUGGGAAGAGUUCUUUAUAUUGGGGGAAGAGAUAUAGAUAGAGAUGGAGAGAGAUAGAGUUGCCGAAAACCCUGGUAAGCCUUCAAUCUCUGGUGUCGCUCUCAUUUCCCAGGGGUACCCUCUCCACCCUUCUCUCUCCUCUCUCCUCUAAAAUUGACUUUUUUUUGAAUUUCUUGCCUGCUUCUAUGUGUCUGUAAAUUGAAGCGAGACGAAGAGAGGAGACUUCUGAUUGCCAGGCCAUUUCAGGUGACUGGGUAUCAGAUCGAAACUCUCUUCCAACUCCAAAAAGGCUAUUAUUAAUUGUAGGCAAUUGAACAGCAUGUGAACUUGGAAAAGCAGGCAAGUUUGAGGCACACAGCAACUGAACUUGUAGGGACUAGUGGGAACUAGGCAUAAGACUGAGGCUCUGCAGCAACUGUAUCUGAUUGAGUACGAAGUACAAAUCUUAUGUCUAGUACAAGGGUUUUCUUGACCAAAUGGGAAGUUAUUUCCCCCCUAAAUUUUAGCAAAUGAUUAAUCUGAUGAAUAGGGUAGAUUCUAGUACUUUGAUAUGGUAUGGGGCCUCCAAAUACUGAAUCAAAUCAGAAAUCUUCAACUACGGAAUUAGCUUCUAGAUAUGGUGAAAAAGAUGUUCCUGGAAGCCGAUCUCCCGAACUCGAGCAUUCUAAUCAUGAUGUGCCAGUAUCCACGGUAUCUCCAGCAGUUUCUGGUGACUCUCCUUUAUUUAGCUUAAAGAAUCACUCAACAGCAGGUUCCCCUCCUGUUCAGGUGAUGGAACGACCUGGUGACUCUAAAUACAGAAUUCCGUCCUCUGUGUUUGCUAGAACAAAGUCUACUACUCCAAUGGAAUGGAGUGUAGCUUCCAAUGAGUCAUUGUUCAGCAUUCACAUGGGAAAUAUGAGUUUUAGCAGAGAUCCUAUGUUCUUGCGAUCUGGAGAGCUUGGUAUGUCUGGAGAAACUUUCCCAUCUGGUCAGUUUUUUAGCAUCCCGCCUAACAGUCCACCAAUUGAUGAAACAACUAAUAAUGGCAAAAGAAGUGAAGCAGCAGCUGUUGGUACCAUGAAAGAGGUCAUAAGGGAAGGUUCGGAAGAUCAAAGUAGAAAAAAAUCGCCUCUUGCUCCCAGCAUUUCUCACCGUUCUGAUGAGAGCAGCGCCAGUGUCAAAUCUUUUGCAUUUCCAAUAUUGGCAGGGGACAUAGAUAAAGGUGUUUCAGUGAAGAUGGGUGGUUCAGUAAGGGUGGCCCCAGAGCCUCCACAUUCACGGCAGCAGCAGCCGCCAUCGCCAAAGCCACAACCGCAGCCCAAGCCAGAACCAGAACCAACAAAUUCUUCAACAACCCCGGAUAAGCCUAAAACAAAAUGGUUUCCUUGCUUUCCAUGUUGCUCAUGCUGUUGAGAGAGGCCUAAAACUCGAAACAAGUGCUCGAUGACAUUGUCCCCCAUCAAACUGGUGGACUAUCCAUGCAGGCUGCAUCGCAGUUUCUUUCUCUUACUGGUCAGUUAACUGCUUCUGCUCUAUAUGUGUUGAGAAUCUGAUAUUAAGUCUUGACCUAGCUGUAAGGACAGACAUACAGUAUCUCAUAGAAUGUGGGCUGGCUCAGUUAACAAAAGGAGUUAAUAGGAGCUAUAUUUGAGUAUCUUUUGAUCCUAUUUUAUGGUGAUGAGUUGUAAGGAUUGUAGCGACUGACGCAACUGUCCAUUCUCAGUCGUUAGAUAAUGUGGGCCCCACGCACGGCCGCUCGGGCCACAUCAUGUAUCACUCCUCUUGUUGCCAAGCCUUUAUUCACCAAUGAUGUUGAUACCCAAGUAUGGAUGCUGAGGAUGUGGUAUGCUGCCUUCCAUGUUUCGACAUGAUAGCAUUGUAGAAUUGAGAAUUUCAUCAUUUAUUUUCUAACUUUGAGUGUGAUGUAUGGAUUAUGUAAAUUAAAGUAGGAUGUUUGGAGUUCAAUACACCUCGAAAUUUGUGCAGCUAAA